UGCUGUAUACAAGUGACCACUGUCCCGUUUGUCAAUGUGUGAUCGAGCAGGAAAAAAAAAAAAAAAAGGGUUUACUUUUCCCUCACCCUCCUCCCCGCUUAUUUCGAUUUUUUUUUUUUUUUUUUUGAAGGACAGGCACGAAGCGGGCAACCAUUGAAUCUCAGACAGGAGGGUGUUUUGUGGGCCAAAAGAACAAAAAAUAGUAAUAGAGAAAAAUUUCUUACAUAGAUCUCUUUUUGUUGAUUUGUGUUGUAUUUUUGUAGAUGAGUCUGUUGGAGGGCAAUUUUGACUCUGUUUCAGAAGGCUGUUUUCUGGUCAUGCCUGGAAAAAAGCGAUCCAGAGUACUAAGCACGAGUUUACCUAAAUCCAAACGAGCCAAACCGCUCAAAGCAACAAGCAUAAAGGCGACGCAUCGCAGCGAAUGGAAAAGCAAAGAAUCGCAACAUGAUGGAUUUCAAUUACUCUACAAUGGUCGAGAGCCUUUGAAGGCCAUGCUGAAAAGAAAAGAGUUUUUGAGUACGUGUUGGAAGACAGUGGAAGAUUUGUUCAAUGAGUCAUUGUUGGGCAUUAACCAAGCCGCCAUCCAGGAAAUAUGUGAUUUUGUCAAUAAGGAUCACGAUAUGACCCACCAUAGUUUACCGUUUCAUGAGAUUCCUACUGGGCUUGUGUUUGCCGGUAUUAAUACACCUGAUCACAGCACUCAGUUCGAAUACAUAGCUACCCAAUUACGAGCAAAGACAGGGACGAAGAAAGAGAAUUAUGUCGCUUUGUUACAGUCCAAAGAUUGUAUGAAUCUGAAAAAUAUGAUGAAAUCGAUGAUAGAACGCUUCAUGGCGAGCGCGACAGAGGAGGACGGAAGUGAAAAGACGGAUAUUGUUGAGGACACGACCACGGAUGCGCAGGAGGAAGAGGAGGAGGAGGAGGGCGAUGAAGAAGACAUGAUACGGUUCACUGAGGUAAAAUAGCAUGUUCUGCCUCUGGGGGGGAUCUUUUGCAGUGGACUGACUCUGUCUAUGUAUAUCUAUCAAAGCGACGGGCGGUAGGGUAUCAACUGG